GCGAGGACGCGCACGGUCGCGGCCGGCAUCCUCGGCGUGGCCAUGGUGCUCGUGCUGGUCAUCCUGAUCCCGGUGCUGGUGAACGCGGCCGGAGCGGACGCGCGCUAUGAGACGCUCAGUGCCUGCAGGAUGAUCUGCGAUCCCUACGGCACCAUCAAGCCGCCGGCGCGCGCCACCGGGAACGACCCGCGCUCCAUCCAGCCUCCGACCACUUUUCUCCGCGGUCCGAAAGGAGAACCGGGACGCACGGGGCGCAUUGGCCCGAAGGGUGACCAAGGGCCACCUGGACCACCUGGCCCGCCGGGAAAAGUCGGGAAUCCAGGACCGCCCGGGUUACCCGGACCCCCGGGAGCGAUCGGGGUGAGCGGCGGCGUCGUUAACGCGGCCACGUACACCACGGUACCCAAAGUCGCGUUUUACGCCGGGCUCAAGAAGCAGCACGAAGGUUAUGAGGUGCUCAAGUUCGACGAUGUGGUCACUAACCUGGGCAACCACUACGACCCGUCCACCGGCAAAUUCACCUGCUCCAUCCCGGGAAUCUAUUUCUUUGUGUACCACGUGCUCAUGCGGGGAGGCGACGGUACGAGCAUGUGGGCUGAUUUGUGCAAAAAUAGCCAGGUGAGGGCAAGCGCUAUCGCUCAGGAUGCAGAUCAGAACUAUGACUACGCCAGCAACAGCGUGGUGUUACACCUGGAGCCUGGAGACGAGAUCUACAUCAAGCUGGAUGGCGGCAAAGCUCACGGAGGGAACAACAACAAAUACAGCACGUUCUCUGGGUUCAUGAUUUACGCCGAUUAA